CAACCACAUUUUAAAAGGACAUACGGAGAACGUUAACCACCGUGGAGUAAAGUCUCUCUAAGAGGCCAAACCACGUUAAAUCUCGUGUUCUUGUCUUUGCUCUUUUGAUAUGCUGAUUUGAUUGUUUAACAAUUAGCCCAUUCAGACUUUGUCCAACCUAACUUGGCAUCCCCACAAAAUAUCCACCAAAUGCCACCCUCCAUUCGAACACAAUAGCACAAUGUAACAGUAGGAUUCCAUCAGUAAAGUCCAUAUUUCGUUGCAGUUGAACUUUUGCGAUUUCAUUAAUUAAGUUGUCGCGUACCAUUCCAAAUAUGAGCAUGAUGAAUAGUUUUUUUUUUUGUGAUAAGAAAAUAUUAUUUGUGAUGAUAGGAGGUCGUUCCUUUAGUUAACGAAUCGUAGGUGAAGGUUUUCCUACAUUAACGAAUCUGAUAAUUCCAUGCCUCAUUUUUUACAACAAUUUGCUAUAUUCUUGACAGACCUAGGUCGUCGUGGGUACAGUUUGACCAAUUAUGAUUGUUUUACUAAUUUUUUUUACAAUUAAUUGUAUUUUGAAUUUAUGAAAUCAAAUAAAUUAAAACAGAUAAAAUCAUGUCUUUUAUUCGUCAAAUACGAAGUUAAUUAUAGCUCACACUUUUUUUUUUCUUCACUACAUGGUAAAUUACAUAUGUUGAUAUUAUAUCCUUAAGAACAUACAGUUGUGUAUUAAAGGUCUAUACAUUGAGAAAGAGGAGGAGGGAAAGACAAAACCAUUACUCAAUCACCAACACGGAAGCUCACGCUGCUCUGCGGAAAUUGAUUCCGAAAGCAAAUUAAUGAGGAUUAUUAAUUUUGUGGAGGUGUUCAGAAAGAUAAAUAACUGUACCACAAAAUUACUUUAGAAAAGGAUAAAUUUAAUAGCUUGAGUACUUGACUGAAUAAAAACUUGGUUUAUCAGCAAUGAUAGUGAUGGAAAAGAAAAUUCGUCAGAACUUAUGGAGAAUGGAAUGCUAAAACCCGACAUUCUACCAAAGAACGAAACAAAGUUCAAGAUCACCAGUAGUUGCCAACAUUACAACAUUCACAAAUAGAAGGUAUUGGAGGUAAACUAGUUGUCACAACAAUAACCAUGUUUUCUUAGGUAUCAAAAUGUAUGUCCUAUAUUGCAUACCCAUAUGCUAACCUUGUAAAGUACAUUCCAAAGUCUCCAAACCAAAAUCCUUCAAAUAGGAAUUGCUUAGUCUUUCCUAAUGCACACCCAACUCAAUCCCUCCAAUUACAAAAGCAGGUAAACCGUGUUCCAGUUCAACCUGCUUUGAUCGGGUUGAUUGUUUUAUUUUUAGGGUGUAGGUUCGAUGGAAAGCAGAACGAGUUAUUUUAACAAAACCACGUGUAACCCAACCUACCAAUUAAAAAAUGGGUCAAAGUCGCUCCCACACAAAACUCGUCAACACCGGGUUCGACUCGUUUAGAUAGGAUCAAAUUAGUUCGGAUACCCGUCCGUGAAAUGACAUUAUUUUUGUUGAAGGUUGGAUGGAAAGAGGUAUACCAUUUUAAACAAAAAUCCACACCUUACUCAACGCUAACUACAAAAGCGGGUAAAAUACGCUUCUGACACAAAACUCGUCAGCACCAUAUUUAACUGCUUUGACCGUGUCCAUUGUGGUUGUUUGUUAUAUGCAAAUCAAUGGAAAGUGAGAGCGAAUUUUUAACAUAAUACACAACUGACCCAACCCGACAAUUACAAAAGCUGGUGAAACUCGCUCCCGACCCAAAUAUUUUUAAAAGAGGUAGGAAAAUUAAAAAGAGGUCUCCCUCUUGAUGUGGGAUGUAGAAAAAGUGGAAGAAAUUAAGACAUAAAAGUAAUUAAGAAAGAAAGUUAAAACCAUUAAAAUCGUAAAGGUCAUGAAGUUUUUAUCAAUUCCAAAAAAUUGAAAGAGGGUCUAGUUUUAACAAAAAUCCACACCUGCCCAAUUCGCCAAUUUCAAAAGUGGGUAAAACACACUUCUGACCGAAAACUCGUCAACAUCAUGUUCAACCUAGAUUGACCGUAUUGAUUGUUUUGUUAUUUUUUGUGUAUAUCGGAUGAAAAGAGCGGUCGGGUUUUUAGCAAAAUCCACACCCAGACCAACCCGCUAAUUACAAAAACAGGGGCAAGAAUUACAAAAUCCAGCCCAAAACUCGUUAACACUGUGUUCAGCCCGAAUAUUAACCGGAUAUUUUUUUGGAUGUGGGUUGGAUGGAAAACGUGGCGAGUUUUUAACAAAAUCAACACCCUUUUCAACUCGCCAAUAACAAAAGCGGGUAAAACUCGCUCUCGACCCAAUACUCGUCGGGUUUAAUUCGCUUUGGACAUAUCUGAUUAGGUUGGAUUCAUUUAUGUGUAGACUAUAAUGGAAAUAAAGGAAUAAAGCUAAAACUAUUAAAAUGAUAAACUCUCAAAGUUCUCACUAAUUACAAAAAUAACCUAAUGAUGUGACUCUAAAAAAUAGUGUAAAACACAACCCACUUUUAAUAUCUCAAACAACGGGGAUUCUAUGGUGUCGUGCUGGCACUAGUGUCGCCUACCCUUUAGUUGUUGGAUUAGCAGUCUUUAAUGCGGACCAUUGAUUUUAACCACCACUUAACCAAGCUAGGUUGAACCUGGUUGAACCUAUUUUAUAUUAAAAAUAAAAUUAUUUAUUAAAGUAAUAUGUUACUGAAACGGAACAGAGAAACCAGUAUGGAUGGCAAUGAGUCGGUCAGGGGUGGAUAGUGCAUAUCUGUUACCUUACCCAAAGUAGUUCGGGUUUUACCCAUACCCACAUGUGAAACGGGUAGAAUAUCAAAACCAUGCCCAUACCCGUUUGGGGUUCAGUUAUCCACGGUUAUCCAUGGGUAGUAAUUUCUCUUCAUAACUCCAACCAAUAUGUUUACAUUCACACGUAUUCUCACAUUACAUAAGAGGAAACUUACGAAAAUAAUUCACUAGAAUGAAGAAAAUUAAUUAAAAUAACACAAUUUCAUGAAAAUAUUAUAUUUAUAUGCUAAAUAUAAAAUAUGUUAGAGAAAAAUAAUGAUUAUUUCUAGACAAAAUACAUAUGCAUGUGUAUAAUCGGGGGGGGGGGGGGGGGGGGGGGGGGGGGGUGGGGGGGGGGCACCCGAUUAGGACGGAUUCGGGCGGAUAUCCACGGUUACAUAUAUUUUUGCCAUCCCUAAAAACUGGUUUAUUAAUCUUAAAAAAUAUUUAUUUAUUUUGUUGCUUCGUUCCCCAGAAAAUCCCUCCCUUGAUUUAUCGAAGGAAAAAACAUUUUGCCCCUGUCGUCGAUUGCCACGGUAGGGACGAUGUUGAGAAUGACCAGGCAACGAGGAUGGUGCGGGAUGAAGGUGGUUCGGGAUUUGAGUGCGUAAUGACCAAUCAGAUGGUGGAUAUUGAAAUCGAUGGGGAAAUUGACUCGGCGGUGUUAGAAUAUAGAAGUUUGUGUACUAUUAUGUAAAUAGCCUUUAUUUACUAUUGUUAGCUAUGCGGGAGAGCUAGGGUUUGGUUAUGCCUAGUAGUCGGCCAUAUAUAUUGGUGUCGGGUGGUUUACGAGACUGUACACUGAUUUUGGAGAAUAAGAGAACAAAACGCCUUGUGCCGUUGAGGAAACCACGUAAAUCUCGUGUUCUUAUUCGUUUCCUUGGUUCGAUUUAUUGAAGUUUAACAUGGUAUCAGAGCCUCUUCUCUAGUGUUCUUGGCUUCUUUGGCUUCUCGGCUGAUUGGUAUGUGUUUCUAGCCGAUCUCGGUUGGUUCUUGGCUGUUCUUUAUACACGCUUGGCUGCUACUCCAAUUAUUUGUUUUCGGUUGUUCUUGGGACUCUCGGCUGCUGCUUUGCCUUGGUUGUGUACGUGGCUGUUUCUUCGUUCUAGCUUGGUGGAGUUGUUUGAUUCUUGUUAGGUCCCUGCUUUGGUAUCUCGUCGCGGCUUGGUGCGACGUUUAUUGUUUGGUUUGGUUGAUUCAUUGUUGGCCGGUGGAGCUCUUCCAGGUUCUGGUUUUCUUGCUAUUUUGUGUGCUGCAGCUAAGGGAAUUCUCUCCCAAUCUCGUCUUUGCUGUUUACUUCCAUGGAGGGUUCUAAACUUGAUUGUGUCUCGGUCAAAUUCAAUGGAAAGAACUUCCCAUUAUGGGAGCUGCACUUCAGGGUCUUCGUUCAUGGGAGGGGGCUUCUGCCCAUUCUUGAUGGCUCGUUGCCGGAGCCGGAUGUGACUGCUACGGCCAAGGCACGUGCUGAUUGGGCUAUUCAAAAUGCCCAAGUCACUUCUUGGUUGUUGUCUUCGAUGGAGCCAGGUAUCUCGCUGAGCCUCCGUGCCUUUACUACCGCACAUGCUAUGUGGCAACACCUCCUUGCCCUUCAUUCUCAAACUGACAUCUCCUGGAAGUUUGAAAUUGAAUUCGAUCUUGCUGCUCUCCAACAAGGAGACAUGGAUGUGCGUUCUUACUACCAAAAGGCCCUAGAUCUCUGGACAGAGCAAGAUAUGUUGACUACCUCCUUAGUGUCAGCUGCUGCCUCUGAGGAAGUUCUUAAGGACCGUGCCAGUUCUCGCCUUGUGACUUUUAUGAUGAAACUUCAUCCGGCUUUUGAAGGGGUUCGGGCUUCUCUACAGCAUCGCAAUGUCUCGAAAAUUGAGGAUGUGGUUGCUGAGUUGAUACGCGAGGAGACUCGUCUCCGCAGUAAGGCCAAGCUCGAUGGCCAGACUAGUGACUUUGGUUCUGUGUUUGCUGUUCAGUCCAGUCGCCCUCAAUUCGGUCGCACUCCCUCCGGUGAGAUUAUUUGCUACCACUGUAAAGAGUCGGGUCACAUUCAGAUUCGUUGUCCCAAGAAGCAGGUGUGUAAUUAUUGCAAGGCUGCCGGCCAUCUCAUUGGCGAUUGCCCCAUCCUCGCGCGUCGCAACCGCCAGAAGGGGAGUGGAGGUCCACAUGCUUCGUCCUCUGCCCGUCGUGGUCCAGAAGCUCCAGCCUAUGCCACCACGUUGGCCUCUUCCGCUGGUCCUACCGCUGCUGGCUCUGUUCCCAGCUCGGGUUCGGGUAUCUCCCAAGAGGAGAUAAGACGUCUGGUCCGUGACGCUAUCCAGGAAUCUCUUCCUACCGCACUCACUGCUGCUUUCUCUACGGGUAUGAUUCCUCAUUCUCUUUCACAGUGGCAUCUCGAUUCCGCAGCGGUUAACCAUAUGACUAGUGUUCGGUCAGUUUUUGAGAAUUUACAGCCGAGUUCGGGUAUUAGCUUGCAGGUUGCGGAUGGGUCUAGUAUUUCUGUGGCAAGAGUUGGGUCUGUGAAAACUCGUCGGUUAUCUCUUCCUCAGGCUUAUUAUGUUCCCAAGUUAACUCCUAACUUGGUCUCGGUUGGGCAGUUGGCUGAUGAUGGUUGUCGUAUUACGUUUGAUGGUCGUGGUUGUACUGUGCAGGACAUGAGGACGGGGGCGGAGAUAAGGCGAGGGAGUAAGAGAGGUCGCAUUUACAUGCUUGAGAGCUAUUCCCGCGAGGAAUUUGAUCGGGGUGGGACGCGUCGAUGUGUUGAGCCUGGGGACACUUCUGCUGUGGGAGCCUUCACGCAUGCUGCUGGAGGUGUUAUAGAGGCUUCUCGAUAUGAUUCUCCUAUUUCUACUUUGUGUGACUCUUAUUCUGGAUAUUCAGUACAGUUUUCGGAUUGGGAUUUGUGGCAUUUUCGAUUGGGCCACCCGAAUAAAUCUAGACUGUUUGAGAUGUUUAAGAAUAAUUGGCUUUCUGGUCGUGUUCGUUCUAUUCCUGAUCAUGAAUGUGUCCACUGUGUGGAAGCUAAGAUCUCUCAACGCUCUUUUAGCUCCAAUUCUACGGUGUACUCCGAGCCUUUUGACUUAGUCCACACAGAUCUCUGGGGCCCCUCUCUAGUGAUUGCUCGCAUGGGAUAUCGAUAUUUUGCACUCUUCAUCGACCAUGUCACGAGGUUUACCUGGGUUUACUUCUUAAACAAAAGUCUGAACUGUUGACGAUUGCACAUGAUUUCAUUCAGAUGGUUUCUACUCAGUUUGGUAAGGGGAUCAAGAUUUUCCGGUCAGACCCUGGUGGGGAGUUCUAAUCUAAUCCACUGCAAGCCCUGUUUCGCCAAAAAGGCAUUCUCCCUCAACAAUCUUGCCCCGGUGUUUCCCAGCAGAAUGGGUUGGUUGAAAGGAAGCAUCGUCAUGUGUUGGAACUCACCCGCGCAUUAUUGUUUCAUUCUUGAGUUCCACCUAACUUUUGGGUUGAAGCGGUUCAUACGAUCGUCUACUUGAUUAACCGUCAUAUUACUCAUGUACUUAGUCGUCGAAGCCCAUAUGAAGCUCUCUAUUCUCGUAUUACGAACUACAAAUGGUUGAAGGUCUUCGGAUGUGUGUGCUAUGUUCUUCUUCCUCAUCGAGAGCGGAACAAGCUCUCGCCUAAGGCUUCCAAGUGCAUGUUUGUGGGCUACAGUGAAAAACAUAAGGGAUAUAUGUGUUACGAUGUUAUUAAUCAGCGUCUCCGGGCCUCAUGUCAUGUAGUCUUUCUUGAGACUACUCCCUACUAUGCUGCAGCGGAGUCUUCGUCGAGCACACAACUUUAUUUCUUGGUGCCAAUCCCUAAUUUCCCAGCGUUUCCCCCUGUCCCUGUCGAGGAUGAUGCUCCCCCGUCCCCACCACCUAGCGCAAUCUCAUCCUCGGUCGCGUCCUCCCAGUCCAUUAGCCCAUUCUCCUCUUCCUUGGAGCCUCCCGCACAAUCCUCCUCGCAGCAGUCUUCCUCUAGCUCGUCCUCACUAAAUAAUGACGAGGGUUUGGGUUUGGAUGAGGACGUUGGUCCUCAGCUUCGUCGAUCAACUCGGAGUACACGGGGUCAAGCUCCGGCUCGUUAUUCCAAUUUUGUGGCAUUUUCCACAACGGCUCCUCCCAUCUUUGUCCCUGCUACCUAUAAGCAGGCUCGUGAUCUGUAACACCUUAGGCUAAUCCCACAUCGACAAUGCACGGGAGAGAUCCAUGGUUCAUAAGUAGGAAACCGGCCUUAACUGACAAGACGCGUUUUGGGGUGUAAUGGAGGAGUUCUUGUGAGAACUCCGAAGUUAAACGUGCUCAGUGUGGAGUAUAACAAGGAUGGGUGACCUUAUGGGAAGUCACCUUGAAUUGCACCCCAAGUCGAAAUCUGUGCGGGUGUAGAGGCCCAAAGCGGACAGUAUCUUGUCGGGAAAAGGUUCGGGAUGUUACAAGUGGUAUCAGAGCCUCUCCGCGUCCCUCUUGAACGAUGGUGGGGCAAACCUCAACGAGGGCGUUGAGUCCCAAGGGGGGGUGUAUGUAACACCUUAGGCUAAUCCCACAUCGACAAUGCACGGGAGAGAUCCAUGGUUCAUAAGUAGGAAACCGGCCUUAACUGACAAGACGCGUUUUGGGGUGUAAUGGAGGAGUUCUUGUGAGAACUCCGAAGUUAAACAUGCUCAGUGUGGAGUAUAACAA